AUGGCCUACGAUAACGAUAGCUUACAUUCUGAUAGCUUGAAUUCUCUAGCGACAGAAAAUGAAUUAAUAAUUGACGAUCAAACAGGGUAUCAAAGCGAAGCUAUACCAUUAGACUUGAGAAGUGUCGCAGAUGAUGCACUUUCUAGACACCUUUCUAGAAUUCAGUCUAAGAGAUCGAGCGUACCGUCAAAUAAUGAAACUUCUGAAGACUUAGAGGCCAAUUUGAAGAAGUCGAUGUCCAUAUCUAGCGAUAAGAAAUUUUCUAGAUUUCCUGAGAGAACAAAGAGAUUAUGUGUAGCCAUUGCUGCGAUUUCUGGAUUCUUGUCACCGUUGUCAAGUCUAACAUUCCUACCGGCUAUUCCUGAGAUUGCAGCACGGUUUAAUACCACUGCUGAAGUGAUCAAUAUUUCUAGUGCGGUAUAUUGCAUAUUUAUGUCUCUUUCACCUUGUGUGUUCUCACCUCUAUCCGAUAUUUAUGGUAGGCGAAAUACAUUUUUAUGGUGCUGUUCUCUUUUUACGGUUACGACGAUCUUGGUUGCAGUUUCUCAAAACUUGGCAAUGUUUUACGUUUUCAGAUCGUUAACAGCCUUAUUUGGUACUUCCUUUUUCAGUAUUGGUGGUCACAUUGUUGGAGACUUGUAUCCACCGGUAUUAAGAGGAACUAAUAUGUCCUAUAUAGUCAUGGGAUCACAAGUUGGUACUGGGUUUGGAGGUGUUAUUGGUGGUAUCAUAGUUAAUUUCACAAGUUGGAGGGUCAUCUUUUGGGUUUUAGCAGGUAUAGGUUGUAGCGUAUUUGUAAUGGCCCUAGUUUUUUUGCCUGAGACGUUAGAAGAAACUAAACAUUCAAUAAUUUUAAGAGAAGCUCGAAAAGAAAACCCUAAGAAGAAGUUCGUAUUCAUAGGCUUCAAUCCUCUUAGAAUUAUGACUGCAUUGAAGUAUCCUAACUUAUCGAUCAAUGGCUAUAUUAGUAUUGCGAUUCUUUACAAUAUGUAUAAUUUGUUGACGCCUAUAAGAAAAGUUGUUGACCCAAGGUUUGACCUAACUGAGCCCAUCUAUAGUGGGUUAUUUUACCUUCCUCCUGGCGUAGGGUAUCUCAUUGGUAGUCUUUUCGGUGGUCGUUGGGCAGACUAUGUUGUAAAAAGAUAUAUCAAAAAGCGUGGUAGGAGAGUUCCUGAAGACAGACUAAGAACCGUCUUGAUUCCGUUAGGAAUCGUCUACCCUGUAUCGAUGUUGAUAUACGGCUGGUCAAUCGAGAAAAAAGUUGGAGGUAUGGCUGUACCAAUAAUAUUCAUGUUUUUAAGUGGAGUUGCUCAGACGUGCAUUUUUCCAGCAACCAAUACCUACUGUGUUGACUCAAUGCCAGAACUCCAUGGAGAUGGUAUUGCCAGUAGUUAUUUUUCAAGAUAUCUCGCUGGAGCAGUCGCUUCAGCAACUUGUUUGAGGAGUAUUGAUAGUAUAGGCGUUGGAUGGUCAUGCACAAUCAGCGCUUUUAUUCUAUGGUUGGGGCUAGUCUGUAGUGUUAUAUUGAUUCGAUAUGGUGAGACAUUAAGAGUUAAGGCAUUAGUUAGAUAUGGGCUACGAAGUCAAAAGGAAAUACUUAAAAAGUAA